AUGCGGUUCCCAGUGAAGAAAUCAACCAUCCGCAAACGUUUUGUUCCUCCAACCCCCUCUCGUGAGCUGAGCAUUCAGAACAUUCCCACUGGCACUGCCUCCAAAUCACCUAAUUGUUAUCAUUAUUGCGUUCUCAGCAUCAGCUCGGAACAAAACCAGCCCCACUACACCCUCGCUGGCUAUAAAAACGGCGAACAAGAGCCAAGUUAUCUCCCGAGCGGCGGGGGCGAGCGGCGUGUGCCGCUCGGGGCCGCGGGGGAGCGCGUCCCCCGCCGCAGGGCGCGCUCGGCGCGGCCGCCUCCGCAGGGACGGGAGCCGCGGAGCGGAGCGGGCCGGGCCGCCGCCGCUCACCGCCGCCUCCGGCCGCGCUGCUCCCGCUCCACGCUGCCUCUCCUGCGGGGAAAGAGACACAAAUCCCGAAUACAGCACCCGGCACGGCUCGCUGCAGGGGGACCCGCGCCCGACCCGCCCCGGGGCUGCCGGCACUGCGGGCUCCCGCCGCCCCGGGGGCGCACGGGGCAGGCGCCCCCCACCCGGCUCCGGGCGCUGCGGCGGGAGAGGGCUCUGCGGGCCACUUUCGCCCGGGCCCCCUUGCCCUCGUCCCCGCUAACCCCGGGCUGUCGGGGCGGGGGCGGCGCAGCCCCGGGGCUGGGGGCCGCUCCCCCGUUCGCACACCCACCCAGCCGCCCGCACACCCCCUCAGCCAGCGGCACGGCGGCUCCCUGCGCCCGGCUCCGAGGGAGGAAGGAGAGGGCACGGCGCGCAGCCCGUCCCGGCUCGGCGCUGCCGCUCGCAACUCACCCAACAAAGUUGCGGCGACGGCUGCCGGCGGCUGGGCUGGGCUGGGCUGGGCUCAGCUCGACUCGAGUCCGCUCCGCUCCGCUCGCCGGGCUGGGCUGA